AUGGCCACGGUAAUACCUGGGGAUUUAGAAGAAGUUAAGGAUACCCAGAGGGUCCUGUCUGCCACAGGGAAGCGUAAGAGAAGUGAAGGCAAACCCAGGAAAAAUUUCCCCUGCCAGUUGUGCGAGAAGGCCUUUAAUAGUGUUGAGAAAUUGAAGGUGCACUCUUACUCGCACACAGGCGAGCGCCCGUACCGGUGCUCACACCAGGACUGCAGCAAGGCCUUUGUUUCUAAGUACAAGCUGCUAAGGCAUAUGGCUACUCAUUCUCCUGAGAAAACCCACAAGUGUAAUUAUUGUGAGAAAAUGUUCCAUCGCAAGGACCAUCUAAAGAAUCACCUCCACACACAUGAUCCAAACAAAGAGGCGUUCACCUGCGAAGAAUGUGGCAAGAAUUACAACACAAAGCUCGGCUUCAAACGUCACCUGGCCUUACACGCGGCCAACAAUGGUGACCUCACCUGCAAGGUGUGCCAGCAGACGUUUGCCAGCACGGGUGUGUUACUGGAGCACCUGAAGACCCACGCUGGGAAGUCAUCAGGUGGGACCAAAGAGAAGAAACACCAGUGCGAACACUGUGACCGCCGCUUCUACACCCGCAAGGACGUUCGAAGGCACAUGGUUGUGCACACAGGGAGGAAGGACUUCCUCUGCCAGUACUGUGCGCAGAGGUUUGGCCGUAAAGACCAUCUCACCCGCCAUAUGAAGAAAAGCCACACGCAAGAACUACUAAAGGUCAAAACGGAGCCCAUGGACCUGUUAGACCCGUUCUCCUGUAACAUUACUAUGCCAGUCAAAGAUGAACUGCAUUCGAUGAUGUCGAUAUCUUCCAGCGAGCUUGCCUCCAAGCCAUUUGCCAACACAUUGCAGCUGAACAUCUACAACACCCAGAUCCAGUCCAUGCAGAGCAGUGGACCACCGCACCAAAUGGUCUCCACAACCCUGCCUUUAGGAAUGACCUGCCCCCUCGACAUGGAGUCUGCUGUCCACCCUUCCCACCAGUUCUCUUUAAAAUACCAGCUUGGUUCUACCUCGUAUGCCAUUUCCAUGCCGGAAAAAGAACAGCCAUUAAAGGGAGAAAUAGAAAGUUAUCUAAUGGAACUACAAAGCAAUAUGCCAUCCUCGUCAGAGGAUACACAGAUCGUGGCCUCGAAAUUAGAUUUAGAGUCCCACGUAGGGGGUCUCGACGAAACGUCAGAGGACGUUUCGCUGCCGAAAAUCUCCGGAGUCGCCUCGGCCAGUGAAUCGCUUCACUCCUCCUCCCUAGACUUCUCCCAGCUGUUCAACUUCCUGCCUUUGAAUGGGCCUCCGUACAGUCAGUCCGUUUCUGGGGGGGGCCUUGGAAUCAGCUACACCCAAGAGGAAUCGCUCGCGCUCUCCCAGCUCCCCUCACAGUCCCAGGAGCCCCAGGACCCUGGGAGUGGCGUUUGCAUCAGCCCCCUCCACGGUCUGUCCUCAUCUUUCACAUCCAACCUAAACUCAACCACCACCCUGCCUCGCUUUCAUCAAGCUUUUCAGUAA